AUGGCACUGCGGCUGAGCGCCGAAACCCUGGCGGCCCUUGAGGCCGAGGACCCGGCAGUGGCCUCGCCGCAAGCAGCGACACCGCCCACCAGUCCACCAGGCAGCUUCGUCCUAAAGAAGGACCUCGGCAGCCUCAAAGAUGUGGACGUGGAUGCGGAUGCAAGCACGGCGCCCAGCAGUCCACUUCUGAUGGAGGCAAAGACCCCAUCAGCAAUGCCCUGGUGGUGGCGAGUGGUGCCGAAACAAGAGCCACGCCAGGGCGAGACCGAGCGGGCUCUGGCAGCGCUGCGCGCAGAACCUCGGACGGUGUUGGAAACUCGAAGCGUAGGAAGACCCUUUUUGAGCUUGAUGAGUGGACAGUGGACAUGCGUCAUGCGUAGCAGUUUCGAAGGAGGUGGAUGGAAGUGGUGUGCAGCGUUUGACGAAAUUCGCGCUUGA